ACACGCGCACACUCAUACACAGGGAUUCAGUUAUGGUGCCUCAAUUUUUACCAAAAAGGGUCUAAAUGUUUUUUUUUGUACUUUCAGCGACUGUAGCCGACCCAGUCUAAUCUAAACAAUGCGCAAAACGUCUGAUAUCGGUUGACCUUGAACAUGGAGGCAGAUUAAUAGGCAAGGAACUAUCCCUUGCAUUUCUAUAGAAUAUAUGAAGACAUUACUGGCUGGCUACAUGUCUGGAUUCAGCCACAGAGCAAGAGUGUCGCCGCAAAAACGCAAGGAUAUACAGUAUUCAAAAAACAUGACGAUACGACGACACGAAGACAAUUCUUAAUCUUACUCAGAUGCCUCCUCUCCCUCUUGACGAGCGCAUAGUGAGCAUUCAGCGCCCCAAGAGCUUGACCCUGCACGGGGGAUCCCCCCAGACCAGCCUUCAGCACCCCCAAAACGCCUCUGCCCGCAGCUGCCCCACACAACCUCAGCCACCUCACCCCCACCCCUGCCCUUCCUCCUCCGUCUCCUCAACUUUGGAACACAAGCGCAGGUCUCCUCUCCUGCGGAGAGCCGAAGAGGACGGAGACCUCGAUUCCGGGUGGAGCAGCACCUUCAGCCACAGGCAGAGUGAUGCCACUCUAGGGCCGGGGAAACACAAGCGCACGCACACCAUAGACAUCCAGCUCUCCCUGGGCAGAGGAGGAGGCGCUGGGGGCGGUGGGACCAUUUUGGAUAAAGGGGAGAACAUCAGCGUGAGCCGUGGCGGUACUGUGAAAGGGAACAAGGAGAAGAGGCUGUCCUUGCACCUGGAGCUGGGCCAGGGGGACGCUAAACGUGGGGAGACGUCGGGGAAGUCUGGUGGGCCAGCGCAGCAGCUCCAGAGUCACCCACGCAACCAGGACCAGGGCAGGGCGCAGGGAGGGAGCCGCCUCCAAAGCCAGCUGUCCGUGUCCCCGGGAGGGCUCCUGGGAUUCGUCCCGGCUCAGGGCCAGUAUCCCGAGUUCCGGAGCUUGAGAGACACGCCCUUGCCCCACCAGUCCUACCGUCCCAGCGACACUUUCUCCUCCCGUGUCCACCAGGAGGCGCUGUGCGUGGGUAACAAAGAGAACUCCAAACUGGGACCCAUACACAACCCCCCACACCCCCACAGUCUGCCCCGCUACCACAGUUCCACUCCCUCAACCCUAGCCUCCGCCACCUGCUACCCCACAGUUUCCCGCCUCUCCUCUCACGCCCCGCCCCCGCCAUCCUUUCACCAGGUCACUCAGCCCCGCUCGUCCCGCAGCCGCGAGUACCCCACCCUGCGCCUCCGCGACCUGCCCAUCUCGCCCAUCCUGCCCAGCCCCUCCUGCGCGGACGGCUUCCCCAGCCCGGACCACACCUGCACCAUCGACUUCUCGCAGCCCUUCAGCUGUGGCUGCUGGAGGCUGGUGCGCUGCGGGGGUGGAGAGAGCCGCUCGGCGGGACGCCAGGGGGCCGGCGGGAGCCCCUCUUCCUCCCUUCCCCGCGCCCGAGAGGGAGGAGGUGCAAGCAGCAGCGGCCGCGGCAGAGGGGUCUCAUCCGGAACCAUGGGCCUGAGGACACUGGGCGGGUGCCUGUCCACCUCCUCCACCCCCAACACCUCCUCCUCCAACAGCGUGGUGUCGGACUGCCGCGCAGGGCUCCUCAGGCCCCUCAGAUGCGCCUCCUGCUCUGGGGAAGUGGGAGGCUACGAGAGCCCCUCUGCCUUCCGCAAAAAACUGGUGGGCGGGUGCCUGCCCUGCACCCCUCUGUCUUCCUCUCCCUUGCGGGCUCUCCAGAGCUGCGUGGGCGGCUGCAACCCCAAAGCCAGUCAGACCGGCAGCUCCACCUGCAGCUACUGCAGCAGCGACCCCAUAGUGGUGACCUUCAACCCCCGCCGGGGGAAGCCGCCCGGCAUGGGCAUGGGCAUGGGCAGGGGCGCCGGGACGCACACGGCCUCGGGGGGGUUCAUGGCCGACGACGACGAUUACAGCGUUCGCACAAUCUGGCCGGAGGAGCUGGCUAAAAAGAUGACGAGGUCCAAAACCCAGCCGGGCCACGGCGGCGUGGGAAUGGGCCUGGGCCCUGGCAGUGUCCACACCCACCACAGCCAGAGUGACAUCAACGGCACCAGCCCUGUAAUCCUGGACUGCCGGAACCUCCUGGAGUUCACGCGCUCUCAGCUGACGGACAACGCGGGCCGCCGGCGCCUCCAGCAGGGCAAAAUGGCCGUCCUGGACUUCAUCGGGUCUGGCCAGGACACGGGCCGGGACUCCCUGAAGAGGCUCUGGAACAAGGGGGCUGACAUGGGGGAAUUCAAUGGGCUAGAUGAUGAAAUGGGCUUUCCCCGCUCCCCCUCUCCCCGCUCCCCCUCUCCCCAGUCCCCUCCGUCCUACUCCCCCCUGCCCUCAGCCCACACCACCCUCACCAGGCCCAAGACCAGAGAGGGCGGACACACCCUCCCCUCUGCCCACUCCCUCCACCUGGUCCUGAACUCGCUCAACAGGGAGCAAGACGAGGAGAACGAGAGAGUGCACCUCUCUCUCCCGCUCUCCUCCUCGCUCCCUGCCUCCCUGUCGGACGAGAGCGUGAUGACUCCGGACGUGGAGAAUGCCACCAUCAGCCCCAUCUUGCCUUUCCUGUUCCUCGGCAACGAGAGGGAUGCCCAGGACCUGGACCUGCUGCUGCGCCUCAACAUCGGCUUUGUGGUCAACGUCACCACCCACCUGCCCCUCUACCACCUGGACUCCGGCCUGGUCCGCUACAAAAGGCUACCAGCCACGGACAACAGCCGGCAGAACCUUCGGCAGUACUUCGAGGAGGUGUUCGAGUUCAUCGAGGAGGCUCACCAGACUGGCCGAGGAGUGCUGGUACACUGCCAGGCGGGCGUGUCUCGCUCAGCAACCAUAGUCAUCGCCUACCUGAUGAAGCACACCCUCAUGACCAUGAUGGACGCCUACAAGUACGUCCGAAGCCGGCGGCCCGUGGUCUCGCCCAACCUCAACUUCAUGGGCCAGCUGCUGGAGUUCGAGAGGGACCUCAAUUCCGGCAUCACGCCCCGCAUCCUCACCCCGAAACUCAGCGGCCUGGAGACGCAGGUCUGAAUGAGGGGAGACCAAGGAGGAGGAUGUGGAGGGAGGGAAGGAAUGAGUUACUAUACAAUGGUGGAGUGGAGAUAUUGGGAACGGCUGAUAAACAUUAUCUGUUAGUAUUUAUGAUAUAUAUUAUAUGCACUAGACAGUUGGGUGGUGAAGGGAAGGAUUGAACUGGAAGGAUAGCGGAGAUGCAGACUGAGGACGAGGAAUGAUUUUAAUGAAGAGAACAGAGGUUUUGAUGACUGGUAAUUUUAUUCUAAUCCGAGACUGAUUAUUCUGUUUAAAAAAGUAGUUACACAUGGAAGGAAGGAAGAAAUGGGUAAGGUUCAGCAUGACAUUAUUAUUGCCACUUAUUAUGAGAUGCUUGUGAUCAGGUCAUAUGACCAAAAUAGAAUGAAAUCUAUUUAAACCCAACUAAACCUUGAGAUUGAGAGUUCGGUGGGAGGCGGUCAAGGGUGAAACCUCAGUUGAAUUACCAGCAAGCCUGACCCUUCCCUUUAAUUUUUAAAAUGUGCCAACUUUUGUAAUGAUACGAAAAACACUCAUACCUUCUAUUGCCUCUGACUCCUCUCAAUGUAUAGAGAAUUAUAAUAGUGUUACCAGUAGUAUACGUAAAAACACAAUGCAAUACUGUCAAAAGAGUACUGAAAAAAAGAGUAUGCAUACAUGCAGAGCAAGUUGGGACACUCAGCAUAAAGGCCCGAACAGUAAAGUAUCACAGUACUCUGAAUUGCACAAUAUUUUACUGGACGAAACUAUGCUAAAGUGUCUCAGACUGAGAGCUUAUUUCAUUGCACUUUAUUCUCUUAUUAAGUUGAGUCAAAAUUGCUUUUUGUCAAAUGGAGCAAUGCAGAAAAUUGUUAUUGAUUUUAUUAUAUAAAUGCAUGGAGACAAGGUCAGCUUGUUCUCUAGCAUUUUAGAUUGGGGGCCCCCUACUGCA